UGGACAGAUUUCCUCCUUUAAUGUUGUUAUAACUGUUCUUAUUCAAUCUGAAAGUUGUCAUCUGCAAAUAUCCAUAUACAAAGCAGUUCCUGUGAAGUAGAAUUUUCCGAUUGCACAUGAAUGCACCGCCUCCUCUUAAGUCUCCUCCCGUGUGGAACCUGAUCAGAGGAACGCUGCAGAGAGCUGAGCUGUUAGAAAUGGAUGAAAUAAUAAUUCUGAAGAACUUCCUGCAGAAACUCUCUGAUGAUCAGUUUGAGACUUUCAUCAACAAACUGCUGGACAGAGAAGGAGAUCCACGCGUUAGUGAGGAGCAGGUGAAGGGGAGAGGACACCCGGAGGUCGUAGAGGUGAUGGUGAACGUGUUCUCUGAGGAGAAUCUCCUGAAUGUGGCUGCAGAGGUUCUCCAUGACGCUCGCCUGGUGAAAUAUGAAGUCAAGCUGGCUGAAGAUGCUCCUGCAGGUGUGAGCGCUGCACCAGAUGAUCCAGUAGACACGAUCAAGUCCAUCAUACGCUUUGGACUGUCACCAGAUUCCAACCCGACGGUCAUGGUCAACUCAGACGGAUCCUCACCAGAGCCUAAACCAAGAGACAGCGCCAACGUAGAGUACAGACACAGAGACCCGUGGAGCAACAUCCACUCUUCUGCCUUUGUAGAAAAAUACAGGAUGAAGUUGAUCGGGAAUGUACCUGAUCCUGAUCCUCUGCUGGAUCUUCUUCGGCAUAAAAAAGUUCUCAGUGAUCAUUCCUAUUCUGAGAUCAAAGCUCUGCCGACUGAUGACAGGAAGAUGAGUCAGCUGCUGAUGGGGCCGUACCUGAAGACCAAACCGUCCUGUGACAUCUUCUACGACUACCUGAAGAAGGAGCAUCCGUAUCUCGUCCUUGAUCUUUUGCAAAACUAAACAAAAGUUCUACAGAAAAUAUUAUGAAAAAUGUAUUUUCAAAUAUCCAAACAAAACAUUUUCUGCAAUAUUCUAAAAUAAAACCCCAAAGGCCUCUUUUAAAAUACUGAACAUAUUUUCAACCCAAAUGUAAUAAUCUCAGAAAUGUGAUUUAUCUUUAUCAGUGUCGUUCAGUCAAACACAUUUUUAUGUCUUUAUUCAACUCUUUGAAUUUUGAUUUUGACAAUGAAAUCAUAAUUUUCUGUGUUUUUUUUCUAUAUUUUUCAAUAACCGCUGUUUUAAUUCUGAGAUUAAAGAGUUUUUUGCUUAUUUCCAGAAUAAUUAAAGUAAAAAAAUAAAAAAAGUUUCCCCCCACAGGAAGUCUUCAGUCCAAAAUCAAUCCUUCAACAAUAAAUUAUUCAUUUUUUAAA